AUGUCAUUUGCAAAAGUUUUCAACCUAGGGAUAAUUGGAUGUGGGCAGAUGGGAACUGCCAUCCUGAAAGGAAUUCUGGAAGGAGAGACUCAAAGUCGAAAAAAUAGCCAACCUGACUGGUCCAUCCGCGAUAUUUCGAUAUCAGUCUCAUCAUCUUCAUCUGUUACACGGCUGGAAAAUGAAUUUGCUCCAUACGGAUCUCGCGUGGCCAUUCAUCAGUCGGCUAAUCUCACCACCGCCCGCAAUUCGGAUGUGGUCAUCCUAGGGUGCAAGCCCGCGGUGAUGCACUCCAUCCUUGGCGAAGAUGGAAUGCGGGAAGCGCUGGACGGCAAGAUUCUGGUCAGUAUUCUGGCUGGGAUGGAUACUGCGUCUACUCAAGAGGCCAUUACCGCCAGUGGCGAUCUAGUCAACACAGGCGAGCGUGCCAAGGGCAAUGUUCGUGUCGUUCGAACGAUGCCCAAUAUCGCCGCCCGGGAGGGGGCAUCCAUGACGGUUGUCGCGGCUCCAGCUCAAGAGACCGAUCGAGAGGCGGUUCAAAUUGCCAGAUGGCUUUUUGAUCAUGUCGGCAAGACCCAUGAGAUCCCCGAGUCCCAAUUCGAUCUGAUCGGGUCCUUGGUCGGCUGUUCUGGCGCUCUGUUUACGGUGGCGGUGGACGGGCUGUUGGAUCAGGCGGUUGCCGGAGGGCUCAAGCGAUCAGAUGCCUUAGGAAUGAUUACCCAAUCGCUACUGGGACUGGCCAAACUCCUUGAAGCCGGGAACCAUCCGUCGGUAUUGCGAGAAGAGAUCUCAUCGCCGGGAGGGGCCACUAUUCAAGGGCUAAUAGAGCUGGAACGGCAGGGUGUCCGCUCUGCGUUUUCCUCGGCCUUGGGCGUUGCGGGCGAGCGCGCCACAGCAUUAGGACGGAAAUAG